ACGUCUUUGAUCUUACAAUCUAUGACAAUUUUCUGCUUGGCUUGAAUGAAAGAAUCCUAUCAAAUACCGUAAAAUAUACUUUUUAAAUAAGUUAUACUGACUUACAACAAAAACAAUAUAAUGGAAACAAGAUUAAAGCAGUUAGAUCAACUGCGUAGUUUUGUAGGAGGAGUUGAGAAAGAUUUGACAAUGAUACUACAAAAUUUGCAAUGGGAUCGAAAAAACCUUUUAUCGGAUUUGGCAAUGGAAACAUGCCGCUAUAAUAACAACCACAAACUGCCCCUAGAGAAGGUGGAAUUCCACCAAAAGAGGUGUUUCAUGAAAUUGCAAGGCUAUUCAGAAGAUGAUGAAUUGUUGCCUGAACCCUUGGACAUACAUGCAAAUACUCUCGUUAAAUUAAGUACUCAACAAAUAAUUGCAAUACUGAAUGAUGCAUCAAGAUGUGACCCAAUGUUUAAGAGAGGCAACAAUUGGGAGUGUCGGUCCUCGGAGCCGUGGAGCCUGGCGCGGCUGCAGGCCACGUACACCGCCGACGAGCGGCGUGCCGUACACGAUGCCGUGGUGCGUGCUGUGCCCUCCUGCCAUGAUCUUGCAGAUUUGGCUUUGCCCAGCUGUAGUAACGAUGAGGGAGCGAGUAAAGUGAAGUCCCGUGUGGAGAUCCUGGCCGAGCUGCGAGACAUGAGACGUCGCCGCACCAAGUACCGCCAAGCCGCCAAGACACGGAACUACUCUGACGUUCUAAGAGACGUUAUUAAAACUCAGAUGGAGUCCUAUUCGGGAACGUCGCAGUUUACUGAACAGUCUAAUGAGAAUAAUUCGACAAAUGAUGAUAUUUGUAUUCAAAAUGAUUAUUCUAAUCAAUCCUCCUCCAGGGACAGACAUCGUGAUACUUAUGUUUCCAAUAGAGAUAUAAGUGGAGAACGUUCCGGUAAUUAUUACAAGUCACACAGUCGAGAAACGAACAGAUAUAAUUCAUCAAGACAACGAGAUCGAUAUCAUUCAUACAAUCACGAGAAAUUUAUUGACAGAGGUACAGAUUCUACAAAAGAAAAAGCUUUUGAGUCCAAAGACAAGAAUACAUCGUCAAGUUAUAGAAGAUACGAGAACAAAGAAUAUCACUUAAAACAUAGAUCGGAAAUAAAUAUUACAGAAACACAAACACGAAAUAGUUACAAAAGAAAGAGGAGUAAGGAAUGUUACACUUCCGACGAGUCAGAAUAUUCUAGAACAACAGACAGAGACUCAAGAGACAGACGAAAAAGUCGCAGACACGAACGAUCUCCCAGUUAUCACAAUACUUACAGGAGGAAAGCGUUUCUCAAAACGGAAAGAUCGGAUUCUCCCGAGAGAAUAAGAUCUGGAAGAACUCGAACUUCGCCAGCUCAUACCCAUAUCAAACAAGAGAAAGAUUCACCGGAUAAAGAUGAGAAUCCAGAUUAUGGCAACACUUCUAGGCCCAUAAAUGAAGGGAAUAACGGAACAAGUGCACUUUUUAAAGUAGAAAAAACUGAAACUCCAGACCUUCGGCGCAAUUACAGUCGCUCUGAAAGUCAACCUUCUGAUUACACGGAAGACAAAAACAGGGAGGAUAAGGUAACAAUAAAACAAGAAAACGAACGCAACACAGACAAAGAAAUUGACAAUAACCAAGAGAAAAGUAGAUAUUCUGACUCUACAUCCAGAGAUAAACAAUUAAAAAGUACAAGUACAAGGAUUGCUUAUUUCGAAAAAAGUUUAGGAAAACAACAUAGAGAAAGAAAUUCCAAUAGAGGGUAUGAUGUUCCUGUUAAAGAAUAUACUCGAAACCCCGAAACAAAAAGUAGAAAUAGAGAACAGGAAAAGACCGCGAUUUCUCGUAGGCAGGAUCAUCACAAAAGACGUAGUUCCAGCGCAUCAUCAAGUGGCAGAGCUGAACGUAGGCACGACAGCCGAACUCAUGACAAAUAUAAUACCAGAGAAUAUAUCAACUCUAGUUGUACAAGAGAUUACAUGAGAACGAGUGAUUCAAAUAUAUAUUAUAAUAAAUGUAACAGUUUCCGUGACAAAGACAACACGAGAUAUGACGUCAGAGACAAAGAAACAAGUUACGACGAGAGACGGAAACGCAAAAAAUAUUCUUAAUUAACAUCAUUAAAAUUGUUUAAGAAUAAAUAAUUCA